AUGGCUGCGGGCAUCUUGUCCAUUGUACAGAGAUUAGCUUCGAAGCUACUAGAUGAAGCUGAUUUCCUAUCUGGAGUGCAAGAUCAAGCCCAAUUGCUAAGCGACGAGAUCAGAUUGAUGAGUUCUGUACUGCAAGAUGCCCUUGAGAAACGCCGAACAGGAAAUGAGGUAGAAGAAUGGCUGAAACAAGUUAGAGAUGCUGUCAUGAAGGCCGAGGAUGUGGUUGAUUUGAUCAUCUUUCGAGCAGAGCGACAACGGAAAAGAAACUUCUUAACCAGGUACAUCAUCUGCUACCCCAAUCACCUAUUUUAUCUCCGCAAGUUAGGGAAGGAAAUAGAAAAAUCCAUUAAAAAGAUGAACCAGCUUUCAAUUAGGAGAUCUACUUUAGGCCUCGCAACUUCAGAGGCUGGUGGGCAAAGUUCAAUAGGUACAAUUCGUAUUGAACAAGGCCUGCAUUUUCAUCGGGGAGAUCGUGUCGAAGAUUUUUUUGUCAUUGGAUUCCAAGAGGAAGAGAAAGAAAUAGUAAAGAAGUUGCUAACACCCAUAGAGCUGGCCCAGGAACCCUGUCCUACUGUUGUUGUUUCAAUAGUAGGAAUGGGUGGUAGUGGCAAAACAACCCUUGCUAGAAAAAUCUACAAAAGGAAUGAUGUUAUGAAUCAUUUUCAGACUCGUGCCUGGAUUUCUAUUUCUCAACAGUACAGAAUAAAAGAUCUUCUCCUAGUCAUCAUAGAACAGAUCAAGCCCCUCACCCCUAAAGAAAAGGACCUAGAUAGCCUAAAUGUUGAAAGCUUGAUCCAUAUUCUUUCAAGUCACUUGAGAGAAACAACCUUCCUAAUUGUAUUUGAUGACUUAUGGAGGUUUCAAGACUGGGACAUGUUGAAACAAGCCCUUCCACUUCAAGGAGAAGGCUAUCAAAGCAGGGUAUUGGUUACAAGUCGCAAUGAAAUCGUAGCUAUAUAUGCAAAUCCCUCAACAACUCCCUAUUUCCAACGUCUUUUGAAUGAAGAUGAGAGUUGGGAGCUCUUCCAAGCAAAGGUGAUGGGUAGCAAAGAUGUAGGUUGCCCUGAAGAUUUGGAGGAUUUGGGAAGGAGAAUUGUCCACAAGUGUCAUGGAUUGCCACUUGCCAUUGUAGUAUUAGGGGGUCUCUUAUCCAUUAGAGAGAGGACUCAUAUUGCCUGGUCCAAGGUUCUUGAUAGUGUAAAUUGGGAACUAAAUCAGAAUGAAAGGAGUUGCCAACAAGUAUUGGCUUUGAGUUAUACUGACUUACAAGAUCAUUUGAAGCCCUGUUUCCUCUAUUUAGGUCUUUUCCCAGAAAAAUAUGAAAUCAAGCGCUAUAGAUUGAUCUGGUUAUGGGUGGCAGAAGGCUUCAUCGAACCAAGAGAACGCUCAACGAUGGAAGAUGUGGCCGGAGAUUACAUUGAGGAGCUUAUCCAAAGAAGCAUGAUUCAACCAACAAGUCGAAGUUAUGAUGGGCGUGUCACAAGUUGUCGUAUCCAUGAUCUUGUUCGAGAUCUAGCAAUUUCAAAAGCUAAGGAAGAGAGAUUUCUUGAAGUUCAUGGGAGUGACAAUUUAAUUCCCACCAAUAAAUCCCACAGGCUUUCCAUCAUUGAACCUAUUGAAGGAGUUAUGCUUGGUCCUUCAACUAAUUAUGCUCCAAACCAAGGUACUACUCCAAAUCAUCUCCAUUCCUUAUUUUGCUUCUCCAUCUCUAUGAUUAUUGAGAGAAACUCUUGGAUGACAUCUACUUUUGGAGCCAUGAUCAAGUUGCUUAGAGUCUUAGAUCUAGAGGGAGCACCUGUAAGUUCUAUAUCUUAUGGCUCGCUCGACCAGAUCGGAAAACUCAUCUUCCUUAAGUACUUUAGCCUUCGUGGUACCAGAAUAACAUAUCUUCCAGACUCGAUCGGAGAACUGCAAAAUCUACAAACACUUGAUUUACGACAUUCUUAUCUUCAAGAGAUGCCAACAAUGAAACAACAUCAACUAAGACAUCUUGUUUUAUAUUGUCCUUAUGAUGUACCUAUGUUGAUGCGCUCCGAUUGUUCUCUCGAGCACUUGACUAACCUACAGACACUAGUGCUACAUAGUGGAAAUUGGAUCAAAAGUAGCCUCCACAAGUUGAUUAAUCUGAGAGAGCUAUGUAAAGUGUUUGGUAAACAUUUGCGGGUUCUAUACAAAGGGGCAUUGUUAGACGCCAUCCCCAAAUUGAAGCACCUUCGGGGCCUUCGUCUCAUAGACCGUCGGACAAGUCUCCGAAGUGAUGGUUUGGCAAUCAAUCUUCCUGUUUCAUUUGCUGGCCAAUUGGAGCUCUAUCAUUUGAUCUUAAUGGGAAUAAAUGGAAUCCGAGAUUUUCCAUUAAAUCUCACCACCUUAUUAUUGGGUUCACAGACACUACAACGGACACAAAUGGAAAUACUAGAGAAGCUACCCAAACUAAGGUGCCUUAUCUUGCUUGAGGUACAUAUGGGACCUGCUAUAAUUUUUCCUGCAGAUGGGUUUCUUCAACUUGAGGAGUUGGUGUUGAUUAACUUAUAUCACUUGUACGAUUUCAUAAUGAGGGAAGGAGCAUUACAGAACCUUAGGGUUUUAAUGAUUCAAAACUGUGGGUUGAAAGGGCUUCCAGAUGAGUUGAAACGAGUGGUCACUCUCCAAGAACUUACCUGGUCUUUAAUACCAGAUGGGUUUGAAGACAUGAUCCGAGAACACAUAAGAGAAGAUUUCGGGCACAUACCUUCCAUUGCAACUGAACCAGAUUUCGGGCUUCCUGAGCGUUGGCUAUAUGAUUUUGGUCAGUUGUGUUGA